AUGAGUUCCGGCACCGAGACCGAGCUUGUUUUAUACCACAUGAAUGGGUCGCGCUCAACUCGGGCGAUUUGGCUGUAUGAAGAGCUCCAAGCAAUCUACGAGAACCUGCCACCGAUGCGUGUUCAUGUCUUUGAUCCAGCCACCUUCCGCAAGGACAAGCCAGAGUGGUACUUGAAGCUCAACCCAAACGGCAAAGUUCCUGCGCUGCAGCAUGGAAGUACAGUGAUGUUCGACAGCAGCGCGAUCUGCUUAUACAUCCUCCAGCUCUUUGACAAAGACAGGAAAUUCGCACCGCUAGACCAGCCCGAGUUUGCGUCGCUGUUCUACCAGCUUGCUUUCUACUGCUCCGGGACCAUCGAUAACCUGACGGCCACAUCUUCGCCCAUCCAGAUGGUCCUUGAAUGCAAAACCCCUGGCGAUGAGGAGAAGGCAGUUGAGCUGAACCACCAGGCUUGGAUCCAGCAAUGUGGACCCAUUCUACUCUCCCUCCUCGGCGACAAGAAGUUCAUGUUCGGCCAG